AUGAACGUGACGUUUGAGCCUCCAGCAAAUAUGUCCAACAGCCUGGCUAUACCAACUAGUAUUCCUAACCUGCCUCCGCUGUUAUCAGUCAACAAUAUCAUCAAAGAAACAUUUCUUCCACUGACACUUGUCCUAUGGUUUUACCUCGUCAUCGGGGUAUAUGGAAACAGUUUAGUGAUGUUUGUGUACUGGGCACGUAAGAAACCCGUGCGAGAUGACCGGUACUUCAUUCCUUUGCUAGCGCUGGUGGACCUUAUAUCGUGUGUUGUCUCAUCGGGGACGGGGAUAUACGCCCAGACGCACCCGCUAGUGUUCGACAAUAAUGUCGGAUGUAAAAUGGCGGCGUUUCUGGGUAUCAUAUUUGCCGGGGUAUCGGCCGAUUUCCUUCUCGUCAUUGCCGUUGACCGUUACCUCAAGCUUUGCCGGCCCUUUGGUCGUCAAAUGACACUCUCCGUCAAGAGAAAGGUUAUCAUUGGUAUUUUUGUAAUUGGCUUGGUGCUUUCAUUCCCUGCUCUCAUUAUUUACCGAGCGGAACAGGUUCCUAUGAAACUGAAAAGCGGUUAUACAAUUCAGACAUGGAAGUGUAUCGACACGAAAGACGAAGAACACGCCACUGGUCACAUUAUCUACAAAGUGUUUCUGUUUGUGGUGACUAUGAUAAGGUUCGUGGUUCUGUUCAUGUGUUACGGUAACAUUAUUCGGGUGAUAUUACGACAGAAAAAGCACCGACUGAGGAUGGGAUCUGUCACGUCAUACACUAGUACCUCUUGCAGCAAUGAUGCAAUCGAAGACAUUCAAAUGAAGAUUCAUACCAGCAACGAAAGCAAGUCAGAUGAAGAUACCAAGGAAACAAAAGAAAACGGAAUCAAAAAUGGGAUUAAUACUCCAAAUAUAGGAAAUAAGCCUCGCAAGCAAUGCAUACCUGAUAGGCAGUAUCCCAAACGGCAACAGAGUGUGGUUUCAACGACGGGAUCAGUUGGACGCAGAGGAAGCGUUGCAGACCGACAGGGUGUCCGUCUUGCUAUCAUCUUUAUACUCAUCACGUUCAUCUACAUCGUCACCUUUGGUCCCAAGGUGUGGCUCAUGAUAGAACAGACACUCAACCGAGACUUCUGGUCAACAAUCCCACAAAGUCAGCUACUCCUAUUCAGAUUUUUCCACACAUUCUACAUUUUCAACAACAUUGUCAAUCCGAUUGUGUAUGGAAUAAUGGACAGAAAGUUCAGAGCGGAUUGUAAGAAACGUUUUACUAGAUGUAAAUAA